GCUCUCUCAUUCGUGUAUGUCGACAAAUUUCCCCUGAAGCGCUCCCGCGUUAGGAAAUCUUCAGCGCAAUUUGAAAUUGGAUUCUGGAAGAAAAACGAACACAAUGUUUCAACUAGCGGCUAAGGAACUGUAAGAUCAUCUGCAAUGUCACUUCCAGCCCUCAGCCGUUCUGCUGAAUACGUAUCCGACAUGCACGCUAAAGGGCAUAGUUGUUGGACCCCCAUUUGCGGGACUUCGGACCAGCUCCAUGGCGACUCUUUCGACCUGAACAAGUCCUACCCUUGUGCAAGGAGGCCUUCGCCAAAGAAGGCCACGGCUCUGCAGCGCUGGCCUCUCCACGAACCUUCAGGUUACAGCUGCAGUUCUGUAGCAGCAGAGAACCUUCACUUGAACAGUUUUAUUCUUCCAAAGGCUCCAUCCUGCUCUUUCUUAGACUGCUGCGCCGUGUCCACUUCUUUUCUUGCUCAGCUGGCCACUGGAGACCUCAACCAGUCCAGGCCCCCUGCAAUCCCCGGUCCCAGUAAAGCAAUCCUCACUGUUGAUUCUAAUACUAUGGAGAUAUUGGUUGCUAAUGACCAGGCUUGCAAGUUGUUUGAAUGCAACAGCAAUGAUCUGGUUGGGUUAAAGCUGUCUGGCUUCCUAAAGAAAACCAGUCAAAUUAUGGAGGAAGCCUUGGGAGAGGAGAUUAUCGAGGAUGAUGGAAGUAUGACUAUUGUGUCAGGAAAAGUGGUUGAGGCAGUGAGAAAGUCUGGCACCGAGGUACCAGUUUCAGUAUGGACCAGAAGACUGACCCCAGAGGGACGCCGCUGUCUAGUUGUGAUGGAACGAGUGGAAAGAAUCACUGCCUGUGUGUCUUUUUUGCAAGAUGGGAGGAUCCUAAGCUGUGACCCAACCUUUGCUCAUCUCCAUGGCCACCAGAGUGCUGACGAGGUGGCGGGGCUGUCAGUUAGGGAGCUCAUUCCAUCCCUCUGCCUCCCACCUCACCAGAGGACUUUGCCCAAGACACUUAGAAUCCAGCGAGUCUCUGGUACGAGCAAGGACGGCACCACCUUUCCACUCUGUAUCAAGCUGAAGGCUGCGGUGGAUUGUGGCAAAUCCUGGUUGAAGGACCAGUCCGGUGGGGUUAAGCCGGAGAGAGCGGAGGUUGCGCCCGUGUCCUCCAGCUUAUGCAAGUCAGCGACUCUAUCACACCCAGAGGAUUCCCCCCAGAAGUCACCCGGGUGCCCAGAGGACAGCUGCCACCCAUCCCCAAGCACAGGUUUGGUGUUCUCUGGGACCAUCUGGGUCUUCACAGCCCUCAGCGGUCUUCUCACGCUGGAUCACACCGGCUCCGUCCGCAGCAUCACUGACGGCUUUGCCGCCGUGCAUUUUGGGUACAAGAAGUCUGAGCUACAAGGGAAGAACGUCACCUUCCUGAUGCCAGGGUUCUACGAGAGUCUGUGUGCGGUGGAGGAGACUUCAAGCCCCCAGCUUCAGCACCUGGAGGACGAGCUCAGAGUCGGCUCCCCUUCACAGGGACGUCUCCUCUUCCAUGCCAGCUGCGUCAGCUCUUCCAGCAGCUGCACAGAUCACUGUAGGUGUUCUGCUAGUGCUAACCAGCCUGGAAGCAUGUCCAGUCAUUCCAGCCUGCCCGUGUCAUUGGAGGGGAAGCUGCAAGGUCCUAGCACAGUGCUGGCCGGUGACAUGGCCAUGGUUCAGCAGGAGACCCAGAGGAAGGUCUCUGGGAAAGAGAGCAUCUUUACCGGGACCAGCGACAGGCUGGAGAACCAGGGCAGCGCCCCAUCCACACUGUCCUCGCCUACUGUCACCUCCACCCCGUUAGAUGGGCAGGUUGGCACCGCAGAGUCGAUGGAGCAGGCUGCCCUGGUGGGCCCAACCAGCAGUGGGUGUGCGGGUGCGCUCCUGCUGACUCAGGACACGCCCUGUCUGUCCUCCUCCUGCCCCGUGCACAAGCUCCUCCCAGGGCCCGAUGCUCGCCCUGCCCCUCCUGACCCAGCUGACAGCAGAGAUCGCCCCCUGCUGGACUGCAUGUGCUCCGGGCGCAAAGACUCGCAGGACUCCAGCUUCGAGGUCAUCUCGAUCGGGAGCCACUCGUCCUCCGGGUUCAGCGAGAAGUGGGCCGGGGGCUCCGGGGCUGAGCGUGCGGAGGACGUUCGCCCCGCCCGCGACCCCUUCCCGCCCUCCGACUCCGGCAGCUGCUUCCUGGACGUGUGCUCGGACGGACUCCUGAUCACCAGAGCCCUGCGAGACCUGGAGCUCAGCGGCAGCCUGGAGCUCCUGUCCCAGGCGUCCUGCGACACGGCCGAGCUGCUGCGCACCCCCUCCCCGUACGUGGUAGAGUCCGACCUGGAGGGAGAGGUCAACGCUGAGCGAACCACGGGGCCCCCGGAGGGGGGGGGGGACGGAAACGCCUCUUUGGAAGCGGAGCGGGGUCGCUGUUCGGACGCGUCCUGCGGAAGCCCUGGGUGUGAACGGGGGGGACAGAUAGUGGAGGUCUGGAGGUCCUGCACACAGGCAGACACCCCAACCACCUCCACCCCGAAGAAGCAGCCGCUGAAAACCCUAGGGCCGUCCACCAUGAAGGGGGAGAUCCUGGAAGGGCGCUACCUGGGGAACUGCUACCAUAGAGAUGGAUCCAGACUCAAUGUGCUGUUGGAGAUUCAGAAAACCCAGCUUCCUGACGGUCAGCCCCUCUCCUGUGUGUGGAUGAAGUGCAACGACAUUGGACCCCAGCAGGGGGUGCCAGUGGGUCUUCAGUCCGACACCGAGAUCAACAGCAACUCUCUCCAGGACACAUCUGGGCUGAGUCUGGGGGAGGUGAUCAGGGACGCGGUGCGGGCCGAGGCCUUGCGUUCCCCCCAGGACCUGGAGCACUCCCGGGCCUGCGAGGGCCAGUUUGGGGAGGAGUACUGCCCGCUGUGCGCUGUGGGGAGGGGAGCCUUCGGCUUCGUGUGGAAGGCCCGCAGGCUCGCCGACGGCAAGGAGGUUGUUGUGAAGUUCAUCCAAAAGGUCCGCAUAGUGAAAGACUGCUGGGUGGAUGAUCCCGACAUGGGCCGAGUCAGCCAAGAGAUCUCCAUACUGACCCGUCUCCAGCACCCCAACAUCGUUAAGGUGUUGGAGGUGUUUGAGAACGAACAGUUCUUCCAGAUGGUGAUGGAGAGGCACGGGGAAGGGCUGGACCUGUUUGAGUUCAUCGAGCGGCAGCCUCGCCUGGACGAACCGCUGGCCAGCUACAUCUUUAGACAGCUGGUGGCUGCGGUGGCCUACCUUAGAGGCAAAGGAAUCCUUCACAGGGACAUCAAGGAUGAGAACGUCAUCAUCGACACAGGCUUCAACGUCAGGCUCAUUGACUUUGGCUCAGCCGCCCUGCUGGAGCCGGGCAAACUGUUCUACACCUUCUGCGGCACGCUGGAGUACUGCUCCCCAGAGGUGCUGCAGGGAAACCCGUAUGAAGGUCCUGAGCUGGAGAUGUGGUCCCUGGGCGUGCUCCUGUACACUCUGCUGUUCAGUGAAAACCCUUUCUGUGAGGUGGAGGAGACUCUGCAAGCACAGCUCUGUCCACCCUUCCCAGUCUCCUCUGAGCUGCAGGGGCUCUUGUCUGGCUUGCUGCAGCCAGAGCCUGGGCUGAGGAGCACCCUGGAGGCAGUGCUGGAGGCUCCCUGGAUCCGCCAGCCCAUCAACCUACAGCACUACAGCUGGGAGGAGGUGUUACCCACCAGUCACAAUUCUCUUCUGUUCCACGGGUCGGACCAAGGGGCUUCACAGGAGGAUGGCCUGUAUCCCGAUGCGGAGCAGUACCGGAGCCAGUCUGAGGACUCUCUUCCAGUUGAGGAUGAAGAUGAGGAAGAUAGGAGGUCCAUGGCUGCUUUGGAGACAGAACUCCUCAAGUAUCUAGCCGAUGAGUGAUGACUGCAAUGCUGGGUCCUGGAGGACCACAGUGCCUGUAGAGAAAUUGAACUCUGGCCUUGUAGCGUCACAGUACCUGCAAGAUUACUCCGUCCUUGUCCUGGAGGGCUAUGGUGUGUGCAGGGCUGCUCAACUCUAGCCCUGGAGGGCUGUCAUACCUGCAGGGCUACUCAAUCCUGGUCCUGGAGGGCCACAAUAGCUGCAGAGCAAUUCAACGCAAGUCUUGGGGCAGUCAGCUGAUUUUUUCAGUUGUCCCCCAAGUUUUCCCCUACCAAAGCAAUUCAAGGCAAUCUGAUUUGAAGUAUGUUGCAAUAUUUCUGAGAUGCUUACUGUUGAGAGUUUCAUACACUUGCAGUAAAGUACCAGCAUCUGGGUUUCCUGUUGAUGACCAACUGACCAGCUUCCAAAGUCUUGCAUUUUACUGUGGGAAAUGUCUGACUUUUCUCACUGACAGCAUUUAUUCCCCCGCAAGAGUCUUACCACACAAUGUAGAAGAAAAACAAAGGGGGGGGGGGGCGUAUGUCAGCAGGUAUGGGCCUUUUAAACUUACUGUUUUCUCUCUUUUUAGCCUAUACAUGUGAUUUUUCACCAUUGAGAUGCUAUAAGGCUUUGAUCUGACUGCCCCUGAGUUUCAUGAAGGUAUUUAUGAGCUGUGGGCCUCAUGUUGCACUUUGAAACCAGGCUAGGUUGUGGAUUAAAAUAAUUCAAGACAUUAAAUUGCCAAUCACACUAGACAUUUUGUCCCAUCUUGUGGGUUCAGUUGCUUGAAUCGGUUCAUCUUCAUGUUGAUGAAACUAACUUGUUCUCUUUCCCAGUUACAUGCUUGUUCACGUUUAUACUGGAAAAUCAAAGACCAGAACUAAUUUAGUCCUCUUAACACAACUCCCAACCAAAGACUGCACCAAAAUAUUUUUUGAUUGGACCUCAGGAUCUUUGUUUUGUAGGCUUUAGUUUCUGUCACCAUUUGCAUAUGGCUAUGUGAGCAAUGCCACUGUCUCUGAUUAGUCAGGGAGCAAAUGGGGUUAUCAGAUGCUUAUUUUGUGUGCUACUUUUUAAUUAUAUUUGUAGUCACGGAGGAUACCUACUUAACAAUCGUUGGAAAAGUCCUGAAUGAGACCGUUACUGUUAGUCCAAGGACUUUGAUUCUUCAAGGUAAAGAUUCUGUCUGUUGUCUGGAGACCAGGCGAAUGUGGCGUCAGUGCCGGAAAUUGAUAAAUGCUUGGCUCAUAACAGCUGUCAAUAAUGUCUGAGCGCAACUGAUCUUUAUUGUAUGCGUUUCAAUGCAUACAUGCAAGCAUACAUUUCAAUGCAUACAUUAUUAAGCCCUGUUUUGGACAGUGUCUGUUAAUACAUGUUUAUACAUACAAGCUUAAAGAAAACUGAAUGUGAAUAUGUGCAUAAUAUCAAAUAUUACAUGGAGGGCCUCAAAAAAAUGUUUUAGGUUUUGUUAAACACGACUUUGGUAGUUUUUUCCACUUUUAGUGAUUGCUUGAGUAUUUAAGUAUUUUAAUAUUUAUGUACACGUCAAUAAAAAUGAAAGUCUUGUAUGUGAUAUGCAUUAUUUAUUUUUUGGCUUUGUUAUUAUUUGUUGUCGGAUAUUUUAGCACGCAGUGAUUGUCCAGCCAAUGUACUUGCUUUGUAGAUUAUUCAAUAUUGCGUUGUCGUGUGCUGCUUAUGGUACUCUUAUUUUUUGAACACUAAAUAACACUUUCUUUUUUAAAACUGUGUUCUUUCCAUUUGAAAUCAUUUGAAAACUGCGACCAUGGAUUUCAAUAUUUCAAUGCUGUCUUAAUAAAAGAUUGGAACUGUUAAA